GGAACAAAGAAAAAGCUGGUUCAGAUUCUCUCCUGGAUGUUCUUGAGCAGUUUGUCCAGUUCUACAGGCUUGAAAAUGGAGUACAUCAUAAAGACAUAUGGGAGGCAGAUGCAGUGAAACGACUUCUGAAAGUGCUGUCUUCUGUGAAAGAAAUCCCUGAAGGGGUGGUUUGCAACAUCUCUGAUGCCUGUGCUGACAGCUUCAUAAAACAGCUGCUGGAGAAGCAAAUGUGGAGGACAGUUUUGCUGCUGCUCACGGGGAAAGCCACUGUGUCAGAGUCCUCAGGGGCAGGAGGGCUCUUCAAAAACUGUGACCUCUCAGACGUGGACAUCGGCAACGUCGUCCAGCGCUGCGACGGGACGGAUGAGCAGAUGCACCUCAUAAGGUGCUUGGUUGAACGAGGAGCUUCUCCACAUGGAACUGGUACCAACUCUGAAAUACCACUGCAAAUAUGCCUCAAAAAGAAUUACUUUAAACUGGUGCAUUUUCUGCUGACCAAGGGCGCAGAUCCUCGAAGCAUCUCCACUGCACAAGGAGAUACUCCUCUGCAUGCUGCAGUUUCCAUCUGUUUGAAUAAAAAAGAUGAGGCUGCUUUAAACAUCCUGAACUAUCUGCUUGAUCUCUUUGCUUCAAGACCUUCUGACUUUCCAUACCUGAAUCCAAACGUGCAAGAUGAGCAUGGAGACACAGUGAUGCACCGUGUUUUUCAGAGAGGAGUUUCACCACAGGCUUUUAGAGUAAUGGAAUCCUUGGCCAGAUUUGAUAUUAACUUAAACAUCAAAAACAAAUUAGGGAGAGAUGUGGGGCAUAAAAGCAAAAAAAAUUACGUCCUGCUACGUGCCUGGAAUAAUGCUACAGGGGAGAAGAGGAGGUGUCGUCAGGAUGUAGCAGGGCAGGGUGUUAAAACUGUCCCAGCCUCUAAGAUUUCCCAGCCAAAGAGCUCUGGGCGUCCUGGCAACGUGGUGCGUGGUGAUUUAAAGCCUCCCUGCUCUGUGAAGGCAGAAAAGGAUCCUUUGGCAAAGCAGGAGACAGAAAGAGUCACUAAUGCCUUAACCCUGCAGGAGAGUCUGGUGCAGGCAAUCACGGCUUUGAUUCAGCAGCUGAAAUUGGGUGAUGCCCUGAGAAAGGGUCACCCUCUGGUACAAAAGCCAUCUUCAGCCCAGGUGAAGUUGGAAGAGGGAAGGAAGGGGUCCUCCCAACCUUGUGGAAGCACAGCUGAGGGAAAAAGGGGUGACUGGGAGAAAAAGAAGGGAGGGGGGGAAUUCAGCGUGGCCCAGCCUCAUGGAGAGAAGGAAGAACAGGAGGAAGAGAAGGAGAAGAUUCUGGAUAUUGAGGCCUAUGUGCAGGAGUUUGACAACAUGACCUGGGAGAUUGAGUGCACCCCUGAAAUGCUGAAGACGUUGGGCAGCAAAGCUGUGCCUCACUAUCUGAAAACUAGAACCAUCAUGACAAUCAAGCAGCUCGGCAACGGGGAAUGGACCAGGGGCCUUCACAAGCCACUGAAACACUUGAAAGCUGACAUCCAGCUCUUCGAAGCCAAGUUGGGCAAAGGGGCAAGAAUGCUGUGGGAGCUUGCCAUUGACUUUUCUCCCCGUUGCAGCGAGAGCGCGGAGAAGAUCAUGGAGACAGAGCGGGCAAAAAGCCUUCCAGAAAAAUCUGGUAGAGUUUACACAGAAAUAAUCAGAAUUUGGGCCAUUGUCCUCGACCACUGCAAGCUGAACCGUGUCUUAGAUAGUAUAUGCAUUUCCUACAACCGUGGCUUAUCCUGCAUCUUGAGGAAAAAGCUCAAGGGCAUAAAUGAAGGAGGACACCAGAACCACAGCGUGUCGACGCAGAGGCGCGUUCCACGUUGCUACGUCGAAGACUCAGAGGCAGAGAAAUCCAAAGAACACACCAUACCUGAGUAUUUCCCUCCAGCCAGCGCAGCAGAACUGGAAUACAACCUCAUAAAAUUUCACAGCUUCAGUACUAACAUGGCCCUUAACAUCAUAAACGAUGUGCAUUCUUCAGUGGAGUACCCCUUCCGAGUGGGGGAGUUGGAGUACGCGGUCAUCGAUCUCAACCCACAGCCCAUGGAACCCAUCAUUUUAAUUGGGAGGAGUGGGACGGGGAAGACAACCUGCUGUUUGUACAGGCUUUGGAAAAAAUUCUACUCCUACUGGGAAAAAUCCACCUUGGCGAAUGGUCCUCUGCUAGAGAGGCAAACCUGGCAGCAGAUGCCGUGCAGUGAGGUUGGAAAAGCUGGGUCAGAGAAGGAGGAGAGUGAACCAAAACACAGCAGUGACAAUUCCAGUGAGGAGCCAGGCAGUGACGAGCAGGACCAGAACAAUGAGGUGGAAAAAGUUCCUGUGGGCACAGCUGGUGCAGAAAUGAACUCGGGUGAUGACCGUGAAGAAGCCCAAACGUGUCGUGCAGAAGCGUUGAACAGGUUGGAGCACCUGCACCAGAUCUUUGUCACAAAAAAUCCUGUCUUGUGCCAAGAAGUUCAGAAGAACUUCAUUGAGCUUAGCAAAUCUUCGAAGGUGACCAGUCACUUCAAGCCUCUGGAGCCAAGUGUUCACAAGCUACAAGAUAUUAAAGAUGAAAAUUUCCCGCUGUUUGUCACCUCCAAGCAGUUGUUGCUGCUGCUGGAUGCAUCCAUGCCUGACCCGUUUUUUCCAAGAAAUGAGGAUGGAAGCCUUAAAAAAACCAUUGUUGGCUGGAGUCCUCAGGAAGACUUGGUUUUACCACACUGGAAAGAUGAGGAUGAAGAAGGUAAUGUUGAAGCAGACCCUGGUGAUGGUGAAGGAGCUGCAGAUGUGUGUCCGAGGGAGAGCGAUCCUCGGGUAUUCGUGACUUACAGCGUGUUUGCAAAUGAAAUCUGGCCAAAAAUGAUCAAAGGUAAAAGCUUGUACAACCCAGCGCUGGUUUGGAAAGAAAUAAAAUCCUUUUUGAAAGGCUCUUUUGAGGCACUGAGUUGCUCUGGGGGCAAACUUACUGAGGAGCAGUAUAAAAAGCUGGGCCGAAAGAGGUCACCGAACUUCACGGAAGACAGGAGUGAAAUCUACCACCUCUUCUGUCUCUAUCAGCAGAUACGGUCCCAGAGAGGCUACUUUGAUGAAGAAGACUUGCUGUAUAAUCUAUCUCAAAGACUCUCAAAGCUCAGGGAGCUGCCGUGGUCCAUCCAUGAGUUUUAUGGGGAUGAGAUCCAGGAUUUCACCCAAGCCGAGCUGGCGCUGUUGAUGAAGUGCAUCAAUGACCCAAAUUCCAUGUUCCUCACUGGUGACACUGCCCAGAGCAUCAUGAAAGGAGUUGCCUUUAGGUUCAGUGACCUGAGGUCACUCUUUCACUACGCCAGCAAGAACUCCAUGAACAAGAAGCAGCGUAUCAGAAAACCAAGGAGGAUUUAUCAGUUGUACCAGAACUACAGGUCCCAUUCAGGUAUCCUCCGUUUGGCAUCUGGAGUGGUUGAUUUACUUCAGCAUUACUUCCCAGAGUCCUUCGACAGGCUUCCUAAGGACUGUGGUCUCUUUGAUGGCCCAAAGCCCACGGUCUUGGAGUCCUGCAGCGUCAGCGACCUGGCGAUCCUGCUGAGGGGCAACAAGAGGAAAACACAACCCGUGGAAUUUGGAGCCCAUCAGGUGAUAUUAGUGGCAAAUGAGACUGCCAAGGAGAAGAUACCUGAGGAGCUUAGUUUAGCCCUUGUGCUGACAAUUUAUGAAGCAAAGGGCUUGGAAUUUGAUGAUGUUCUACUUUACAACUUUUUCACUGAUUCAGAGGCUAGCAAAGAAUGGAAGAUAAUUUCUUCCUAUACUCCAAAUUCAGAUGUGCAAGUGGGAAGCAAAGUCUUAAUUGAAGUGCCCUUGGAGGAUGUUACUGGUCUGCAGAAAACAACUCCUGUUAAUGUAGGAAUGUACAAGAUGCUGAAUGGAGAACUCAAACAAUUGUACACUGCAGUUACAAGAGCCAGAGUCAAUCUUUGGAUCUUUGAUGAAGACAGAGAUAAACGGGCUCCAGCUUUUCAGUAUUUCAUCAAAAGAGAAUUUGUUCAGGUUGUCAAAGCAGAUGAAAAGAAAGAUCUAGAUGACAGCAUGUUUGCUAAAACCUCAACUCCAGAAGAAUGGAUUGCACAGGGAGACUACUAUGCUAAACAUCAGUUCUGGGAGGUUGCAGCCAAGUGUUACCAAAAGGGAGGAGCAGCUGAGAAGUCAAAGCUGGCCUUGGCACACGAUGCUGUUCUCAAAGUGCACGCCAAGAAAAGCAGCCCCAGGGAAAAACAGCUGGAAUAUAUGACAUUAGCUAAAACUUACUUGGAAUGUGGAGAACCAAAACUAUCACUAAAAUGCCUCUUCCAAUCCAAGGAGUUCCGGCUGUGUGCAGAACUCUGUAAAAAGUUGGGAAAGAUAAAAGAUGCUGCAGUUUACUAUCAGAAAAGCCAGUGCUACAAAGAAGCAUCUGAAUGCUAUGAACAAAUUGAGGAGUUUGAUCUGGCAGUUAAAAUGUACUGUCAGGAAGAACUCUAUGAAGAAGCAGCAAAGGCAGUGGAAAGGUAUGAGUUGCUGCUAACUACAAAAGGACAGAUGGCUUCCAAACUCUCAUGUACAGCGAAUCAGUUGUACUUGGAAGCGGCUGCGAAGUACCUGAGCAUGAACAGAAGGGAGGAAAUGAUGCAGGUCCUCUCCAAGCUGGACGUAGAGGAUCAGCUCGAAUUCCUGAAGUCUCGUGGCUGCCUGCACCAAACAGCAGCCUUGCUGAAAAGGGAGGGUCGUCGGGAGGAGGCGGCCAAGCUGAUGAAGCAGCACGGCUUCGCCUUGGAAGCGGCCGGCCUGACGGCGCUGAGGGAGUUCCGCGCCUCCUGC